CAGUAGCGCUCGAGAGAGUAAAUAGAGAAAGCCCCAAGAUGGCGGAGUCAGUGAGCUUCAUUCACUUUGGUGCAGCGAAUAAAACCCCGCUCUCCAAACCUAAAGAACCGAAAGCCACGCCGGAAAAUCGACCGCAGUCUUCCCGCGACCACCACCCUCCACCGCCGAAGAAAGUGCGAAACGAAGAGAAGAGCCUUAAACCUAAGAAACUAAACGGAGAAGGAGGAGGGGGAGGCGGCGGCAUAGGGGAGAAACAGCACCACAAGCAGAGUUAUGGCAGCCCGACAACAUGGAGCUUCAGUCCCAUCAAGUCGAGCAACCCUACGGCGCCGACCCAGCCGCCCGUGCACAGAGUGUUCAAGCAGAGCGAUUUCCUCGCUUCCCCCCCGAAACCCAAAAAGCUUAAGGAAAAACGGGAAAAGGAAAAAGAGAAGAAGAAACAUAAGCCACCCGCGGAAAAUAACGUCAGCAGCCUGUUCGGCUCGGGACUGAAGAAGGAGAACGGGGAGGUGAAGUUGAUACAGAAAGAGCACAUCACCAAGGACAAGCUGAAGGAGCGCGACAAAGAGCGGGAGAAGAAGAAGGAGCUACAUAAGGAGAAGGAGGCGCUUAAGGAGCUUCAUAAGGAGAAAGAGCUUCAUAAGGAGCUUCAUAAGGAGAAAGAGCUUCAUAAGGAAAAGGAGCUUCAUAAGGAGAAAGAGCUUCAUAAGGAGAAAGAGGCGCUUAGGGAGCUUCAUAAGGAGAAAGAGGCGCUUAAGGAGCUUCAUAAGGAGAAAGAGGCGCUUAAGGAGCUUCAUAAGGAGAAAGAGGCGCUUAAGGAGGAGAAGGCGCAUAAGGAGAAAGAGGCGCUUAGGGAGCUUCAUAAGGAGAAAGAGAAAGAGCUUCAUAAGGAGAAAGAGAAAGAGCUUUAUAAGGAGAAAGAGGCGCUUAAGGAGCUUCAUAAGGAGAAAGAGCUUCAUAAGGAGAAAGAGAAAAAGAAACACAAGCUGACGAAUGACAUCAAGAGGGAGAACGGGGAGGUGAAGCUGCUUCACAAAGGUGAGAAGGAGAAGCCGAAGUGUAACCUCGAGGAGCUGCAGAUGAAGAAGGUGAAGAAGAAAAAGAAGAAGAAACACAAAGAGGAGGAGAAGAGAAAAGAGGAGAAGAGAAAAGAGGAGAAGAGAAAGGAGGAGAAGCGACGCCGGCCCAAGAUGUCCUCGCGCUCCAGCCAGACGGACCUGGCGGGCCUCAACGCGGGCCUCAACGCGGGCCUCAACGCGGGCCUGAACGCCUCCCCGUCGCCCUCCAAACUCGCCCCCUUCAAACCCCCGCUGCCCGUGCCACAGGGGGCGCCUCCUCCGCUCAAGCUGGAGAGGGAGAAGAGUGUGUCGCCUCGCGGGCCGGGCUCUGGGUCUGGUUCUGGGUCUGGGUCUUGUGUUGCGGACGCAGGCGUGGACGCAGGCGUGGGUGCGGGCGUGGGCGUGGGGAAGCCGGCGGGGGCGGGGGCGUGCCGUCUGCCGGGGGUGGAGGGGCUGGAGUUCGGGCGCCUGGUGCACGUGGAGCAACAGCCCAACGGGGGCGCUCUGGUGCUGCACGCCUACAGCCGGGAGCUGACCGUGCUCACGCCCGACGAGCUGCAGCGCUUCGCCCACGAGUUCGUGACGCUGGCGUUCAGCGAGGACGGCGCGGGCGCGGCCCACUACGUCAUGGGCAUCAUCCACGGUGCCGCCGCCUACCUGCCCGACUUCCUGGACUACUUCUCGUGCAAGUUCCCCACGUCCCCCGUCAAGAUGGAGAUCCUGGGCAAGAAGGACAUCGAGACCACCACCAUGCUCAACUUCCACUCACAGGUGAAGAGAACCUACUCCCACGGGACGUACCGGGCGGGGGCGAUGCGUCAGAUCAGCCUGGUGGGGGCAGUGGACGAGGAGGUGGGCGACUUCUUCCCAGAGUUCCUCGGAAUGCUGGAGGACUCGCCCUUCCUCGAGCGCACCCUACCGUGGGGCACGUUCUCAAGCCUGCGUCUGCAGAGCCCCACUGAGAGUGAUGACGGCCCCAUCCUGUGGGUGCGGCCCGGCGAGCAGAUGAUCCCCGUCGCAGACAUGCCAAAGUCCCCCUUCAAGAGGAAAAGGUCAACCAAUGAGAUAAAGAACCUCCAGUACCUGCCGCGGUCCAGCGAGCCGCGCGAGAUGCUGUUUGAGGACCGCACGCGGGCGCACGCCGACCACAUCGGCCAGGGGUUCGAGAGGCAGACCACCGCCGCCGUCGGAGUGCUCAAGGCCGUCCACUGCGGAGAGAGUGCGGAGCCUCCUCGUAUUACCAAAGACGUGAUCUGUUUCCAUGCCGGAGAUUUCCCUGACGUGGUGCAGAGACUACAGCUGGACCUGCACGAGCCUCCACUGUCACAGUGUGUGCAGUGGGUGGACGACGCCAAACUGAACCAGCUGCGUCGCGAGGGCAUCCGGUACGCUCGGAUCCAGCUGUACGACAACGACAUCUACUACAUCCCGCGCGGCGUGCACCAGUUCAAGACGGUGUCGGCCGUCUGCAGCCUGGCGUGGCACAUCCGCCUCGCCCAGUACCACCAGGACGACGCCAAGGAGGAGGAGGAGGAGGAAGAGGAGGACGAGGAGGAGGAGAAGCCUGCGGUCGCCAUGACAUACGCCUCUCGCCUCCCACGUUAAGCAGGAGCCCGCCGAGGGCCCACCCAAACCCUCCUCCGUCUCCAUGACGACGGCGGCGUCGUCCACCACCCAUGCCGCCAGAGACUCUCAGCCCCUCCCCCAAAUUAAAGUGGAGCCCACCACCGAUUCGCCGCCCGUUACCAAGGCAACCAAGCCUCACCACAGCAGCAGCGGGAAUCACAGCGGCGGCGGCAGCGACGGCGGCCGACCCAAAUCCCACCACCACCACCAUCACCACCAC